AUGGGAUCAAUAGAAGAAGUACCCCAGUUGGGUCAGUUCCAGGGAGGAGAGACAAUUGGGCUGAGUUUUCAGCUGAGGAUGAAGAAUACUUUGGCUGGAAGCUCCUCCUUUGGCUUGAGUAAUUUGUUCUCAACUUUCCCAAGGGCCCCUUGUAGUUUGUACAGCUCCUUCAAGCUAUGUGUCCAAUCUCCUAAUCCCUUGGAUCUUCAUUCUGAUCUGCUUGUGUAUCUCCCCUCGUCUCCUUUCGACCCAGAACAAUGGAGGAUGGUUUGUGUGAACAAGAUAAUAUGUGAAGAACUUUCUUAUAGCUGUGAUCUGCUUAAGCACUUGGGAGGUCGAGAAGAAAUGAGAGGACAGAUUCAAGUAGAUAAAGAUGGAGAACCGAGGGCCUAA